ACCAGACCUCUCUCUCAAGCGGGCUGACUGCACCGGUUCUCCAACGCAUCCAGCCACCCCGGAUCCCCCUCGCCUCCCACUGCGCGCAGACCCCAGGGCCGCGCUCUCAGCCUGUAUUUUAGCCUGCCAUCCCUUCCAGCUGCACCACCCGGUGGCCGUCGGCCGCGCUCGGACAUUGCACGCGGCUCCUGGGUCCCAGGGAGCGGGCAGUCCUGAAGGCAGCUCCCGGAGGCCGCGCGGCUGGGAGGCGGGGACGGGGCGUGCCGCCGGAGCCCCGCUUCCGGAAGUGGGUGUUUCUUUGACUCCCACGCAGCGAACUGGCGCGGCGUUCGGUACUCCAGCAAACCACCCGAGGCCUCCCGGAGUAGCAGGAGCGACAACCGCCGUUGGAGCAGCGCGACCCCGGCCUGCAGCCGCUCCCUUCCCGACCGGCAAGAUGCUGCCGGUGUACCCGGAGGUGAAACCCAAUCCGCUGCAGAAUGCGAACCUCUGCUCGCGCGUGUUCUUCUGGUGGCUAAACCCUUUGUUUAAAAUUGGCCAUAAAAGGAGGUUAGAAGAAGAUGAUAUGUAUUCAGUGCUGCCUGAAGAUCGCUCAAAGCAUCUUGGAGAAGAGUUGCAAGGGUACUGGGAUAAAGAAGUUUUAAGAGCCAAGAAAGAUGCACAGAAGCCUUCUUUAACAAAAGCAAUCAUAAAGUGUUACUGGAAAUCCUAUUUAGUUUUGGGAAUAUUUACGUUAAUCGAGGAAGCCACCAAAGUAAUUCAGCCCAUAUUUUUGGGGAAAAUUAUUAGUUAUUUUGAAAAUUAUGAUCCCACUGAUUCUGUGGCUCUGUACACAGCCUACAUCUGUGCCACGGUGCUGACUGUCUGCACACUCAUUUUGGCCAUACUGCAUCACUUGUAUUUUUAUCAUGUUCAGUGUGCUGGGAUGCGGUUAAGAAUAGCCAUGUGCCAUAUGAUUUAUCGGAAGGCACUUUGUCUUAGUAACGCAGCCAUGGGGAAGACAACCACAGGCCAGAUAGUCAACCUGCUGUCCAAUGAUGUGAACAAGUUUGACCAGGUAACAAUAUUUUUACACUUUCUGUGGGCAGGACCACUGCAGGCUAUAGCGGUGACUGUCCUUCUCUGGAUGGAAAUAGGAAUUUCAUGUCUUGCUGGAAUGGCAGUUGUCCUUAUUCUUCUGCCUUUACAAAGCUGCUUCGGGAAGUUGUUCUCAUCAUUGCGGAGCAAGACCGCGACGUUCACGGACGUCAGGAUCAGGACCAUGAAUGAAGUUAUAACCGGCAUAAGAAUAAUAAAAAUGUAUGCUUGGGAAAAGUCAUUUGCCGAACUCAUUACCACUUUGAGAAAGAAGGAAAUUUCCAAGGUUCUUCGAAGCUCCUACCUUAGAGGGAUGAAUUUGGCAUCAUUCUUUGUUGCAAGCAAAAUAAUCAUUUUUGUGACGUUCACCACAUACGUGCUUCUUGGCAAUGUGAUCACAGCCAGCCAUGUGUUUGUGGCGAUGGCGUUGUAUGGGGCAGUGCGGUUGACGGUUACCCUCUUCUUCCCCGCUGCCAUCGAGAGGGUGUCAGAGGCUAUCGUCAGCAUCCGGAGAAUCAAGAACUUCCUGUUACUUGAUGAGAUCUCACGGGACAACACUCAGCUGUCAUCAGAUGUUAAAAGAAUGGUGCAUGUGGAAGAUUUCACUGCAUUUUGGGAUAAGGCAUCAGAAACCCCAACCCUACAACGCCUUUCCUUUAUUACCAGGCCUGGUGAAUUGUUAGUUGUGAUCGGACCUGUAGGAGCAGGAAAGUCAUCACUGUUAAGUGCUGUGCUGGGGGAGCUGCCCCCGAGUCAGGGGCUGGUCAGUGUGCAAGGGAGAAUCGCCUACGUGUCCCAGCAGCCCUGGGUGUUCUCAGGGACUGUGAGGAGCAAUAUUUUAUUUGGGAAGAAAUAUGAAAAGGAACGCUAUGAAAAAGUAAUAAAGGCUUGUGCUUUGAAAAAGGAUUUACAGCUUUUAAAGGAUGGUGAUCUAACGGUGAUAGGAGAUCGGGGAACCACGCUGAGUGGAGGGCAGAAAGCACGGGUCAAUCUUGCCAGAGCAGUGUAUCAGGAUGCAGACAUCUAUCUCCUGGAUGAUCCCCUCAGUGCAGUGGAUGCAGAGGUUGGCAGGCACUUGUUUGAACUGUGCAUUUGUCAAACCUUGCAUGAGAAGAUCACAAUUUUAGUGACUCAUCAGUUGCAGUACCUAAAAGCUGCAAGUCAAAUUCUGAUAUUGAAAGACGGUGAAAUGGUGCAAAAGGGGACGUACACUGAAUUUCUGAAAUCUGGGCUAGAUUUUGGUUCCCUCUUGAGAAAGGAAAAUGAGGAAGCUGAACAAUCUACAAUUCCAGGAUCUCCCACACUGAGGAAUCGCACCUUCUCGGAGUCUUCUGUUUGGUCUCAGCAGUCUUCCAGACCCUCACUGAAAGAGGGGAGUCCAGAGGACCAAGUUCUCGAGAAUAUACAGGUUACACUAUCAGAGGAGAGCCGUUCCGAAGGAACAGUGGGUCUUAAGGCCUAUAAGAAUUACUUUUCAGCUGGUGCUCACUGGUUUAUCAUCAUUUUACUACUGCUACUAAACAUUGCAACUCUGGUUGCCUAUGUUCUUCAAGAUUGGUGGCUCUCAUACUGGGCAAAUGAACAGAGUGCACUGAAUGUUACUGUAAAUGGAAAAGGAAAUGUAACUGAGAAGCUAGAUCUUAACUGGUACUUAGGAAUUUAUUCAGGGUUAACUAUAGCUACUGUCCUUUUUGGCGUUGCAAGAUCUUUGUUGGUAUUCUAUGUCCUGGUUAAUUCUUCUCAAAAUCUGCACAACAAAAUGUUUGAGUCAAUUUUGAAAGCUCCAGUAUUAUUCUUCGAUAGAAAUCCAAUAGGAAGAAUUUUAAAUCGUUUCUCCAAAGACAUUGGACAUAUGGAUGACUUGCUGCCCCUGACAUUUCUAGAUUUCAUCCAGUCAUUUCUACAAGUGGUUGGAGUGGUCGCAGUGGCAGUGGCAGUGAUUCCUUGGAUUGCAAUACCCUUGAUUCCCCUUGGCAUCAUUUUCUUUUAUCUUCGGCGAUAUUUCUUAGAAACGUCAAGAGAUGUCAAACGCCUGGAAUCCACAACACGAAGUCCAGUGUUCUCCCACUUAUCCUCCUCUCUUCAGGGACUCUGGACCAUCCGGGCAUACAAGGCUGAAGAGAGGUUUCAGGAACUGUUUGAUGCACACCAGGAUUUACAUUCAGAGGCUUGGUUCUUGUUUUUGACUACUUCCCGAUGGUUCGCUGUGCGUCUGGAUGCCAUCUGUGCCAUCUUUGUCAUCAGCGUUACCUUUGGGUCCCUGAUUCUGGCCAACACUUUGGAUGCUGGGCAGGUUGGCCUGGCUUUGUCCUACGCCCUCACACUCAUGGGGAUGUUCCAGUGGUGCGUUAGACAAAGCGCCGAAGUUGAGAAUAUGAUGAUUUCAGUGGAAAGGGUGAUCGAAUAUACAAACCUUGAGAAAGAAGCCCCUUGGGAAUGUCAGAAGCGCCCACCGCCAGCCUGGCCCCACGAAGGAGUUAUUGUCUUUGAUAAUGUUAACUUCACGUACAGUUUAGACGGACCUCUGGUAUUGAAGCACCUGACGGCACUCAUUAAAUCAAGAGAAAAGGUUGGAAUUGUGGGAAGAACAGGAGCUGGAAAAAGUUCCCUCAUUUCGGCCCUUUUUAGAUUGUCAGAACCUGAAGGUAAAAUUUGGAUUGAUAAGAUCUUGACAACUGAAAUUGGACUUCAUGAUUUAAGGAAGAAAAUGUCAAUCAUACCUCAGGAACCUGUUUUAUUCACUGGAACAAUGAGAAAAAACCUGGAUCCCUUUAACGAACACACAGACGAGGAAUUAUGGAAUGCCUUAAAAGAGGUACAACUUAAAGAAACCGUAGAAGAUCUUCCUGGUAAGAUGGAUACUGAAUUAGCAGAAUCUGGAUCAAAUUUUAGUGUUGGACAGAGACAACUGGUGUGCCUUGCCAGGGCUAUUCUCAGGAAAAAUCGGAUAUUGAUCAUUGAUGAAGCAACAGCAAAUGUGGAUCCAAGAACUGAUGAGUUAAUACAGAAGAAAAUCCGUGAGAAGUUUGCCCAGUGCACUGUGCUGACCAUUGCUCACAGGUUGAACACCAUCAUUGACAGCGACAAGAUAAUGGUGUUGGAUUCAGGAAGACUGAAAGAAUAUGAUGAGCCAUAUGUUUUGCUGCAAAAUAGAGACAGUCUGUUUCACAAGAUGGUGCAACAACUGGGCAAGGCAGAAGCUGCUGCGCUCACUGAAACAGCAAAACAGGUAUACUUCAAAAGGAAUUAUCCAGAUAUUACUCACAAUGGGCACGUGGUUAUGAACACUUCCAAUGGACAGCCUUUAGCUAUUUUUGAGACAGCACUGUGAUUCUUCCAAGAUGCGCUGGAAUCAUGUAUUCCCAUGGCAUUUUCCAGUAGUUUUUGCACUGUGUUAACUAUACUGUACUUUUUCUUAAACUGGUGGCAAAUUUUUUAUGUACACUACAUGUUACUUUAUUUGAAUUUUCUACCGACUUCACCCAAUAAUUUCAACCUCUAACAAAAUGAUUCAUUAUUUUUAUUUAAAUGUUAUUGUUUGGAGUUUUUAUGCAAAUCAGAGAUGCAGCCCACCAAUAAAAGCUCUCUACCAGGUUGUGUGCCUUAAGAGACCCCAAAGCCAAAGCCCAUUUUGUAGGAUACAGGACAAAGUUGUCACAUAUUUGUUUGUUUGUUUGUUUUACUUUCCAAAAAUAACAUAUUACUAUCCAGUUAUAUCAGGAAUUCUAUCUACUUGAAGACUGUGUGAAGUUGCCAUUUUGUCUCACCACUUUGUUUAGCAUAACUAAGGUCCAUUAUUUCUCCCAGAGGCCUCUGGUUAAAAUAAUGCAGAUAAAACCAAUAGGAAAAUUUUAAAAUAUACUUCGGUUAAAGUAGAAAAUAGCACCACCACCCCCAACCCCCCUCCUCCCAAAAAGAUACAUGGCUAAAUAUAAAAGGGCAAUAUUUAUUUUAUUAGAUGGUCUAAAAGAGAGGGAAGAUAAAAAUGCUUUCUAAAAAUACAAGCCCUUAGAGGCGAUUUGAUAAUCAAGGUUGCCAGUACCACCGUCUGACUGGCUUUUAGGUUUGUGUGACUCUGACAUGGGAACCCUGUUGCAGUUUUAUACUCUGCAUCGUGAUAUUUGAAGAGAGUCCAAAUACAGUAAAACCUCUAACUGAAAUUUCUGAAAAUGUGGUAUUUGGAUUUCUGGUUUACUGAGGGUUGCCCCUCUGUUGACUAUAAACUAUUUGGUUUAGCCAUUAUUGAAAUCCUUUCUAACUUGCAAGCAUAGGCUCCCCUAACUUGGUGAGAUAAACUGAAAAUCAUGGUAAACAUUGUAAUUGUGCAGCUUGUUCUCCGGAUACGUCCAGAAGGUUCGCUUUCAUGAGCCUGCCCAGGUUAGUUUACCUCUGACCGCCAAUUGAAGUUUCUUUAAGUCAUUCUGAUUAGUGAAUCAACAAACCACAAAACUUCCCAGGGCCCACUGACCUUUCUUUGACCUAUAGGUCUUAGCUCUUCUCGAUGGUGGCAGCUAUGGUAUAUUGAGUUCAGGUUCCUAAAGGUAACUGUCUCGGCUUAAAGUGUACUCCCAAGACUUCUCAAGAGUACCCUCAAAUUGCACAUGGUAAUGUUAAUACACACAUUAUAUACACACAUGCACACCUGUGCAUGUGUCUGCAUAUAUGCUUUCAUAUAGUAGGUUUUUGGACUUUUCAACAGAGAGAAAUAGAUGUUUUGUAGAAUCAAGCCUUAAAAAGCACACUCACACACAGAGCAAACUACCAGAAUACACUGAGUGUAGUAGCUCUUUGAGUCUUUGUACUUAGAAGUAUAUGGUUAAUAUUUAUCUGAUAAACCACACAUGCACUAAGUUGUACGUUAAUAGUCGUAGUUAGUAUUUCAGGAGACUGAAGGAACAGCAAUGAUAAUAAUGAAGUUUGUUAAAACAGUAGAAAUAUUUUAAAUGUGUAUAUAUUUAUUUUGUCUUUAGAAGUUAAAGGUAGUUAUAAACCUGCUUCUAUGUUAUUUGUUUUAAAUUCAUUAUAGAAUAUUUUAAUGAAGCAAAAUUCAAUUGAAAUAAAUGACAGUUUUCAUCUCCGUUCACAGAUAUGUACUUUUUUUCUUAGAUGGAUUAGUUGACUUGUGUCCUUGCUGGUGAAAAGCCCAUGAGUUUUCCUGAGAUAAACAUUUCUGAGCUGUGACUAUCUUCCAUCAUCAGCUGCUUGUCUUGGCUAAUUAGCUGUACCAGAUUGUGGAUUUCAGACAGAUUGAAACAUUUGCUAUUGAAGCAAACCCAGUUGUGCCCCUUCCAGAAAGGAGAAUAUUAACAUAUGCCUCAGGCUUGAGCAAGUAUAAGCUGUUGAGGUUUGGGGUUUUGUUUAAGGUGACUUUGAAACUAGCAAAGAACCUCUGUUGCGGCUAUGUUUAAAACCCUGUAGAACCAUGGUCUCAAAGUGUGGUUGUUGAACAAGUAGCAUCAGCAUCACCUGGAAACUUGUUAGAAAUGAACAUUCUUGUGUCUCACCCCAGAUCUACUAAAUCAGAAACGCUGGUGGUGGGGACCAGCAAUCUGUUUUUAACAAGCCCUAAGGGUGAUUCUCAUGCAGGCUAAAGUGUAAGGGCCAGUACCACAGAACAUAUUGACCUCCUAAAACACUUAAGAUAGAAAGUCCAAUUCGAGAAACGGACAAAAGACUUAAAAUAGAUACCACACAAAAGAGACUAUCCAAAUGGCCAAUAACUGGUAAAGUACUUGUUCUCAUUAGUUACCAGAGAAAUACAAAUUAAAACCACAGAGAGAGCACUAAACACCCACUAGAAUGGCUAAAGUCAAAACAAUUGAGAAUGCCAAUUAAGUGCCAAUGGAGCGACGGGAAUCUCAUGCAAUGUGGUGUAUAUGAAAAAGUGUAUAUUGAAAAAACUACUUUGGAAAACAGUAUGACAACAUUUAUUGAAGUUGCACAUAUGUACACCCUAUGACCCAUUAGUUAUAUUCCAGUUCUGUACAUAUGUGCACAAAGAUGUAUUGAAGGAUGUUUCUAGAAACAUGAUUCCUAGUGGCCAAAAAGUGGAAGUCAUCCAAAUGUUCAUUAACAGCUGAAGGAAAAUGAACGGCCGAUACAGAAUACUCCGUGACAAGGAAAGUGACUGAACUGCAUGAACACACAUGAAGCUCACAAACAUAAUAUUGAUCCAAAGAAGCCUCACCUAAAAAAAUAAUUUGAUUCCAUUAUACAGCAUUCAAAAAUAGUUAAAACUAAACUGUAGUGUUACAACCAGAACAGUAUUCACCAACACUGUAUUAAGCACUGAGGACCCAGAGAUUAGUAAGGAACCAUCAAAAAAAAGGGAACAGUGCUUAGCUUUGGGGAUGUGGAAGGAGUUGGUAAUUGGGAGGGGUACAAGCAAGGCUUCUAGGAUGCUUGGAUGUUUCCAUUUCCAGGGUAGUGAGUCACUAUAGAAUUAUUCACUGGGCUCUUCAUUUGUUCUGUUCACUUUUCUGUUGUCGUACUUCAUAACUGAGCUAACUAAAAAUAAUGUGCUUAAGUGAAAGAGUUGUUCUCAGCCUUGUUUUUCUUUUAAAAUCUCAAAUUCAAAGUCUGUAAGUGCCUCAGUCUUCUAAAAAUGAAUAAUCUGUAUCUAGAAAAUUAUUGCUGCUAAAUUCUUAAAAUAUGAUCUUUUCAAUGGUUGUCUUGUGGCCCACAGCAAAAAAUUCAGCCUCAUUUGAAACUCUUGGUAUGUUAGAGACUGAAAGUCUGUAUUUUCUCUAACCGAUUAAUAAAAUAAAUACUACUUCCUCUCUCCAAUUCCAAGAUGAGCACAAAAUAAAGAACUAUAAGGUUUCUCUGGGUUCUAUUUUUAAUCUCCAUUAGUA